AUGGGUCCUGUCCCUCCCACGGUUCCACGGGUCCUGCCAGCGCUGAUGGCACCGUCUGUCCUUCCAGGUCACUACCUGUACAUGGACGAGGACGGACUGCCGGAGGUGCUGGGGGGGCCAGCCCGCUGCCAGGACACCUACCAGGACUGGAUCUCCCUCUACUGCUGGGCGCCCUUCCAUGCCACCCUCAUGGCCGCCCCCGAGGGCAGCCGCUGCCGCUGGGACCAGAUCAGCAGGGGGGUUGGCAUCAGCCCCGAGGAGACGUACACCAAUAUCACUCAGAAGUGCUGGGAGUUCUUUGUUGACCUGAUGAGGAACGUGACGGCGUCAGAGCUGUGCGAGUGGAAAGUCAUCAGCAGGCCUUACAGCUUGCUGCAGGCCUGCCUGGAGGGCUGGGCGGACCACCUACGCUACGGCUACCCCAACGCACUGGCGGAGCAGUACAUCUUCCAGAGCCACCAUCGUUACUUCCACAACUGCACCCUGGAGCACCAGGUCUACUUCGACCCUCCUGAGGAUGUGCUGCUGGCCAUGAUCAUCGCCCCCAUCUGCCUCAUCCCUUUCCUGGUCACUUUGGUCAUCUGGCGCAGCAAGGAUGGCAAAGCCCAGCCCUAA